UGUGCCCACGUGCGUACACGUGGGUCAUUCUAAAGCCCCUCCCUAGGCUAUUAUGGCGUCUAGUUUGAGAUUCGAAGGAUGCAAUUACUUGAGACAGAGGCUUGUACUGGCAACACUGAGUCAAAGGCCAGUCACUAUAUCACAGAUAAGGGCAGACGAAGAGGCACCAGGACUAAAGGACUAUGAAGCUAAUUUCCUAAGACUGCUAGACAAGUUAACCAAUGGCUCUAAGAUCGAAGUCAAUGUUACAGGUACAUGUUUGCAUUAUCAACCUGGUUUUAUUGUUGGUGGAGUCCUAGAGCAUGAGGCUAAUCCGCAGAGAUCGAUCGGGUAUUAUUUAGAACCUCUUCUCAUGCUAGCCCCUUUCUCAAAGCACCCGAUUAGAAUGAAACUGACUGGUGCCACUCAUGGACCUGACGACCCAUCAGCUGACUAUUACAGGCUCGCCUGUGUUCCAUUAUUAGUGAAGUUACUGGGAAGCAAAGAAGUUGAGCUAAAAGUUAUUAAGAGAAGUGUGUGUCCCAAUGGUGGAGGUGAGGUAUCCUUCAGUUGUCCUAUUGUCCGUAAAGUGUCUCCAGUUUGGAUGGAAGACGUGGGGAAAGUCAAAAGAAUAAGAGGAAUGGCAUACAGUAUUAAAGCUAAUGCUGGCAUUGCUAACAGACUGGUCAGCAGUGCUCGUGGGGUAUUGAACAAGUACCUUCCUGACGUGUACAUAUCCACUGACGUCAUUCCAAGACCUAAAAGUGUCUCAUCAGGGUAUGGCAUAGUACUAGUCAGUAGCAGUACAGUUGGUCCUCAUAUCUCUCAUUGUGUUGAGGGAUCGUCAAUGAUGAGCAGCCAAAGACCUCCUCCUCAUUCACUGACUGAGUCUCAGCCUCAAGAGUCUGCCCUACCUGAAGACAUUGGGCAGAGGACAGGAAUGAAACUCAUCGAAGAGAUAGUGAGAAGUGGUUGUGUUGACAGUGGGUUGCAGUCCCUACCAUUGCUAUACAUGGCAAUGAGCGAUAGAGAUGUGUCUAAGAUUAAACUAGGGGCACUAACUCCAUACACAGUCCAGUUCCUAAGACACAUGAGAGAUUAUUAUAAUUUGGUGUAUAAAGUUGAAGAGAAUGAAGAAGAUGGAAUGGUAACUGUGACAGUUGUUGGUCUGGGAUAUACUAAUAUUAAUAAGCCCAGUAAAUAAUGUUAUUGUAAUUAUUAUUGUUAAUAUUCUCAAUCAAAAACUUACAUUUAUGACCAUU